AUGUCCGAAACGAAGAAAAAGUUCAGGAUUGCCAUUGUUGGAGGUGGUCUUGGUGGUCUUGCUCUGGCUAUUGGCCUUCAUCGUGCCGGAGUGCCAAUUCACGUCUAUGAGUCCGCUCACGAGUUCUCUGAGAUUGGAGCCGGAAUUACCUUUGGAAGCAAUGCUAUCAAAGCGCUGGGUCUUAUUGAUCCAGCUCUCCUUGCGGGCUUUCGCAAGCACUUUAAGAGAAAUCCGCCCGGUGUCUGGAUGACGAUUCGGCUUGGAAUGGAUUUGCGAAACCCCGUUGAUGGUGACGACGCUUCCAGGGCGGGCGACCUUCUGUACAAUCAGCGUGAUGAAGCAGAGAGUGGGUACAUCCACCGCGCCCGGCUUUUGGAAGAGAUGGUCAACCUACUUCCGGCAGGGAGUACAUCGUUCAAGAAGACAUUGGCAAAUAUUACAGAGCUGCCGGGUGAAAAGGGAGGUGGAGUGGAACUCUCCUUUGUUGAUGGCACAACGGCAACGGCCGAUGCCGUUAUCGGGUGUGACGGUAUCAAGGGACCAACACGAUCUAUUGUGGUCGGCAAGGCUGUCCCUCCGGUCUUCACUGGGGACUACGUCUAUCGUCAGCUAGUGCCCAAAGAGGAGGCUAUCAAGGAGCUCGGGGAAGAGCGAGCUCUUGCAUCUCACCUGAUACUGGCGUACGAAACUGUUAUGGUGCACUACCCUGUUGAAAAUGGGGCAUUCAUUAACUUUGUAGCCAUUCAUAAUAGCGGUUCAACCGUUUGGGAAGGCGAUGCUUGGGUAAAGCCAGUCCCAAAGGAGAUUAUGAUGGAGGACCUGAAGGGCUGGGAUUUACCCAUACUAAAUCUGAUGUCUCGAAUCGAAACCCCACAACAGUGGGCUCUAUUCGACUGUCCUCACGAGCAUCGGUAUUACCGGAACCGAAUGUGCCUUCUCGGAGACGCAGCGCACGCGGCAACCCCCCACAACGGCGCCGGAGCGGCCAUGGCUAUGGAAGACGCCUAUGUGUUAAGCCAAGUAAUUGGCCGAGUUGAGGAUCCUAAAGAUUUGGAGCAGGCAUUCCAAAUCUACGAUGCUGUGAGGCGUCCGCGAACGCAGAGAUUAAUUCAGAAUUCGAGAAUCAGUGGUCAAUGUUGGCAAUUUAGAUACGAUGGUGUUGAAGACGAUCCGGUCAAGUUGAGGGAGCAAUUAGACGAGCGAUUCCGAUGGAUUUGGUAUCAUGAUCUAGAAGCAGAGCUAAAGGCGGCGACAGGGCCGAGUUAG